GGCAGGAUGGAAGAAUCAAGAUCGGCAUUCAGAGACGGGAGAUCAGUUAUCUGAGUUUGUGCCUUGUGGACUUCAUCUGACCGUGCUAAUUCCAACGUUGCUGAAGUGACUGCUGCUAUUACAACACAAUACUGCAUCAGACAAUGCAUCAAAUCAAGAAAAAGGUUAUUUAUUUAUUUCAAUAAAUACGAUGAAGGUAAAUGUGUUGAUCAUUGCUCGGUCGCACUGAUUCUGACCAGCAAAUCCAGGCUGAGAUGAAACGAUUUGAACUGACAUCGACAUCGCAUUCCAUGCAAACAAAAUGGAUACCUUGUGGCAGUCUCAUUCCCAUCUGGUGUAUAUACGAUCAAAAACAGCAAUGAUCAACAAUAAUAGAAGAGAACACCGUCAACUCGUGGCUAUCCAGAAAGUCAUCAAAAGGGGGGUAUAUGAUAUCAUUCCCAAAACACCUGGACUUCUCCUCUCCCAACUAUGUUCUCCAACAGGAUAAGAAGAAGUGAAAUGAUAAAAAGAGAAAAGAAGAAUAAGAAGAAUAUGUCGUUGAAAGGCAUGUCAUAUGCCGACUGGGGUCGCAUUGCGCGACUACAGGGCCGCGCCCAAGACGAGGGCAAGCGAUCCCGCGAAGAGAGCAGACAUGCUGCUGUCUCCAAAGCUAACCGCGCCGCCAGUCUGAGUGGCAGCUGCGGGCUUGGUCGAGCUGGCCACUUGGUGAGAGACGAAAGAGCUCGAAGCAGAGGGCACAGCAGAGGUAGGAAUGGCGCUGGAGGAAAACGCAGUGGACGAAGCGUUGACGGCAGUGACGGACUUGACCCGGACAAGGGUCUUGGUGAUGGUCGUCGUGCUGGUGGAAGUGGUGGUGUCUGCAGCGACAAACGGGGCGGCUGCGAGGCAGAGGACAGAAGCAAUCGUGGAGACCUUCAUUUUGGCUUGGUUUCGUUACCGGAUUGGAGGCGUGGAAAUAUGGACAGAAUCAGAUGA